GAUACUUCAUGCAUGUAUAAUUUUGACGUUCAGUUUAGUUUAAUUAAUAUUUCAUUUGACCUUUUGUAAAAUUGUCGAGCAGCUAUAAUUUCGGGUUUUUUACGCGCUUCCUUCCAUCCCACGUUGUUAUAUGAAGCUGAAGAACGGCAGGAGCAGUGCCAAAAACAGGAAUUUUUGUAACAAUUAAAAAGAGAUCGGUUCAGCCACUGGUUGAGCUGCAAAAGUGAAACGCAAGGUUGAAAGGAAUCAAUCAUGGAGCAAAACUUAGUCAAGGAAUUGGAGUCGGCCCUACAGGCAUGUGUUGUAACAUUUCUUUGUCAAGGUAAAACUGAUGCAAGUAUAUCAAACGAAGAAGGCAUAAACAGUUGCGUCGACAAGUUUGUACAAUCAGCAAGACAAUUAGAAGGAUACUUCACCAAAUAUCAGAUGUAUACGAUGGUCAAUCAUCCUCCUGAUUUGAUAAGAGAGGACAUCACCAAACUUCGUGAGGAACUUGCUCGAAGGAUGCCAUCUUGAACACGUUGCAACAUAAAGUCAUACACUGGGAUAACGAACUUAAGAAUUUGAUAAGCAAACAAACCAGUAUGUUGGCUUAUGAUGAGGAUAAAAAGACAUGAGUUAUGUGACUAAUGUGUGACCAAUGUCGCAUGACUGAUGACAUCAUGACAACCAUGCCCCUAGGUUCAUGACUGAAGUAUACAAUAAAAUAUGAUAGCAUUAGUGCAAUGUGACUGACCAUUGCACAUUGUAAGUCCAUUUUAUGUAGGUUGUUGGUCAAUAUCAGAUAAAAGUGGCGUGUUUUCUUCAA